AAUUUUCAGUUCAGUCGUAACAUCACUGUGCAUCGAUAAUAGUUGUACUGUCCCCUAGACAUUUAUUUUAAAGCAGUUUGAAGUAUUAAUAAUAAUUGUAGGGAUGGUGGAAAAACAUGAGGAAGAUACAAGUAGUAGUGACAGCAAUUCAACAGAAAUUCCAAUUCCAUUGGAAGAUUUAUCACUAAACAAAAAUAGUCAAAUAAGUCAAGAUGCAGAAUGGGUUUCCGGUCAGGCUAUUACGCCCGUCGUCAAAGAACAAAAAAAAUUCCAACCUAUUUCGAAUUUCGAAACCAUGGCUCAUUUACUUAAGGGAAACAUCGGUACCGGCAUUUUUGCAAUGCCUUCGGCUUUUCUCAAUUCCGGAAUUUGGGUUGGUAGCGUGUUACUUCCCGUCAUGGCAAUUAUUUGCACUCACUGUAUGCAAAUGUUGGUCAAAUCGGCGGCCGUCAUGAAAAAACGAGAGGGCGAUUUUUCUAUUUCCUAUGCUGACGUAGCAGAAACCGCUUGCAAAACCAGCAGUAAUCCUAAAUAUGCGAAAUACGCAAGAGCUUUCAGUAUAACGAUCAACGUUUUCAUUUGCAUUACGCAAUUUGGUUUUUGUUGCGUCUACUUGGUGUUUACGAGCACCAAUUUGCAACAGGUGGUUGAAUAUUAUGCAGAGCUAGGAUGGGAUGUGCGCAUUUACAUGUGCUUUCUGACCAUUCCGCUAAUCUUCUUGAACUGGAUCCGCAACCUAAAACUAUUAGCGCCCGUUUCGCUAGUUGCAAAUGUGUUGCAAAUGUCGAGUAUUGUUGUCGUGUUCUAUUACAUCUUUCGAGAUCCUCUCCCGCCCGUUAGCUCUGUCCCAGCGUUCGGAAGUUGGGGAGGACUUCCCUUGUUCUUUGGAACAACAGUAUUCACGUUCGAAGGAAUUGCAUUAGUACUGCCAUUGCAAAAGGACAUGCGUCGUCCAUGGGAUUUUAAAGGAUGGACUGGAAUUCUCAACACCGGAAUGGUUAUUGUGACAUGCAUCUAUAUCGCCAUGGGUUUCUAUGGUUAUUUGCAAUACGGUGACGACAUUUUAGGAAGCAUUACGCUUAAUCUACCACAGGAUGAAGUGUUGGCGCAAGUGGUGAAAAUUCUUUUAGUCAUUGCUAUUUGCGGAAACUAUGCAAUGCAAUUCUAUGUCCCGAUUCCGAUUAUGUGGCCGACUUUGUCAAAAUACGCAGCCCGAUACACAAGCAAUGACCUAGCAGCCGAAUAUAUGUUUCGGACAUUCAUGGUUCUAGUUACAUUGCUUCUGGCAGCAGCCAUCCCCAAAAUCGAUUUGUUCAUUUCACUCGUAGGAGCAUUUGGCAGCUCUUUUCUGGCGCUUAUUUUCCCACCGAUACUUGAAUACGUCACCUACGCUCCCAACAUAAGCAAGAUAACCAUCACCAAAGAAAUUCUAAUUCUCCUCUUUGGAGUCAUCGGUUUCGCAACUGGUACUUACGCCGCCAUUCUAGCGAUUGUUCAAGAAUUCAGCGGAACGGAAUAAUAAAUUGAUCAAUUCAAUCCAAAACGUUUGUCAAGGAUUUGCGGAUGUAUAAAAUAUCAAUAAAAUAAAUAAAAAACAAAUUUAAUCCUA